GCCGCCCAACAUUCCGGCGCGGUGGCGAGCAGUUGAUAUCGUGACCACCCCGAUCCAAAGACAAGCGUGGAUGGAUGGAUGGCAUGGUCCGGCGGGGCGGGACCGCCACCGGCCCACCGCUUGAAUUGAAAGCGUCGAGCUGCUGACUCGAGCACGAGCAGAUGCAGAUAGCAGCCAGCACGCCGUUGACCCUUGGCGCUUUGCGAGCUGCUGCCUCCUGCUGCUACCGCCAGGCGCCAGUCCGUCCGUCCGCCACCCACCACCGCGCGUGAGCGGACUCGAGGCAGCGAGGGCGAGUCCACGACCGCGAGCGAACCGAGUUGUCCGCUCCCGGCGCCUGAUCCUCCCCCUCCCACCUCCUCCUCCACCUCGAGUCGCGCAGCGCUCCUCGCCUACUUUUCCGCGACAGCCCCCCCGCGCGCCGUGCAGUCCACAGCCGUCGCCCUGGAUUCCGUGCGGCGCGGUACUGGCCCACGCCACUGUCGCCCUACCAAUCUCGCGGAACGAUUGGCGGCCCGGGAGACCGCGGCCGAACCCCAUUUCGCCUGACACCGGCGGGGGCAUGAUCCUGGGCGGCCUGCUGCGCACCGCGUCGUCACCUCGCCUGGCGUCGCGCUCGACCGCCGCGGCCUCCUGAGCCCUGAACGCCGCCCGCCUGCCCGCCUGUCGGGUGGGAGAGGAUAGGAGGGGGUGGCGGCGGCAUGAGGGACGAGGCGAUGGGCUCUGCGGCGGAGCUGCUGGCGCCGCGGAUGCUGGUGUCCCCCUCCAGCCGCGUCCAGGAGCUCGAGAGGUUCUCGCAUUACGUCGCUAGGCAAAUUGGCUUUGACGAUGUGAAGGAAUGCCCCCACCUGUGCACGCUAGCUUACGAUUAUCUCAGGAAGAACAAGGGCUAUGAAGAGAAUAUUUUUGCAUUCUUCCAGAAUAACGUGGAUCCUGAACCCCUGAUUGUGAAGUUUAUCGAGGAGCUUGACAAAUGUAUAGUUGGCUACUUCUCCUUCCAUUGGAAAUAUGCCACUUACAUAAUUACCCAGGUUCUCACGGUAGAAGGUGCGACUAAAAGAAAGUUCAAGAAUUUUGUGCUAGAGGCCACCAGGGAACAGAGAUUCGAGAGAGUGACAAGAAACUUGAAGGUUACAAGGUUUUUCUCCACAUUGGUGGAGGAACUGAAGGCCAUAGGACUAUCUAGCCGUGAUGAUUCUCCACGGAAUGAUGUGAUGGUUCCAGUAGCACACUGCAAUCGCAGCCCGGUUUUACUUCUGAUGGGUGGUGGGAUGGGAGCUGGCAAGAGCACUGUACUUAAAGAUAUCCUUAAGGAAGCAUUUUGGUCUGGAGCAGCAGCGAAUUCAGUGAUUGUGGAGGCAGAUGCAUUCAAGGAAACCGAUGUAAUCUACCGAGCCAUUAGCUCUAGAGGCCACCACAAUGACAUGCUGCAGACAGCAGAGCUGGUGCACCAGUCAUCCUUGGAUGCAGCCUCCUCGCUCCUCGUCACUGCACUCAACGAAGGCCGGGAUGUGAUCAUGGAUGGCACUCUGUCCUGGGAACCGUUCGUGCAGCAAACGAUAGCCAUGGCCAGGGCUGUGCACAGGCAGCGUUACCGCAUGGGACGUGGCUACAAGGUAACAGAUGAUGGGACAAUAACUGAGGAGUACUGGGAGCCGGUUGAGGACUCUAAUACUGAUGAGGAGAACGAAGUACCAGCAAGGAAGCCUUACCGGAUCGAGCUCGUUGGUGUGGUCUGUGAUGCAUAUCUAGCAGUUGUCAGGGGAAUCAGGAGAGCUGUAGUCACUGGGAGAGCAGUGAGGGUGAAGUCGCAGCUGCAGUCUCACAAGCGAUUUGCUACAGCUUUCAACAGUUACUGCAGCCUUGUCGACAACGCAAGGCUCUACAGUACCAACACCUUGGGUGUUCCUAAGUUAAUAGGAUGGAAGGAUGGCGAGAGCAGCUUACUGGUGGAUCCCGCAGAAAUCGGCUGCUUGGACAGACUAAGAAGUUUGAACGAGGAGGCCAACUGCGUCCAUGAGCUAUACGCCGACGGCCAACCGACAGGAGGCUCGUCGUCAGCAUGGCAGGACCUGGUCAUGUCGCCAUUGAGGGCAUCGGCGCAGGGGGAGCUCAAGGCUGCCAUCGAAAGGAACGAGGCACGCUUCAAUCCUGCAUUGCCGUAGCUGCUGUCUUACUGGUGCAUCAUCCCAAAAGUGGGGAAAAGAUGAAUUUCAUGUAAUGCAACAUUCAAUUUUUUGUUUCUUUUCAAACAUAGGAAUUUCUCAUUAGGUCUUGUUUGGAUGAUAUCGAAUUCACCUCAAUUCACAUGUGUUGGGGUGGAAUUUAAUUCUAGUUCUACUCCAUUCCACCUAACACAUGUAAAUUGAUACAAAUUCGAUUACAUUCAAACAAGGCCUUAGGAUUCCAAUGAGUAUGCUAUCUAAAAUGAUUCCUAUGUGUUUGCACCGCAAAUUUAAUGCUUGUACAGUUACAGAAAAGUUUGCUAGCGUAAAGUAUCCGUGCUAGCAUCUGUUUGAGUGACUGGCCUUGUCGUAAAAGAACAAAGGGUUGUGUUAUA